AUGGCGCCUACCAAAGGCUCUUCAAAGGGUGCCUCCUCAGGUGGGGCCAAAGGCUCUAAGCCGUCGUCUCUGUCGUCCGCCUCGCGUGUGAGCAAGUCCAGCAAGAAGAAUGUCAAGCGUCCCCCGCCGAAGGAAAUGAAGACCAAGGCGCGCACUGAAAAGGAAAACCUGGCCAAGAAGAAGAAGCGUGUCUACACAGAGGCUGAGCUUAACCUGCCCAAGUUAAAUACGAUCACACCGGUUGGUGUUGUAAAGCCGAAGGGCAAGAAGAAGGGAAAGACCUUUGUGGAUGAUCAGGAGGGUAUGAUGACAAUUCUUGCUAUGGUUAACGCUGAGAAAGACGGCCAAAUCGAGUCCAAGAUGAUCAAGGCACGCAAACUGGAAGAGAUUCGUGAAGCCAGACAAAAGGAGAUGGAGGCCCGACAGGCAGUGAAGAGCAAGAAGUUGGAAGCUGUCAAGGACUCUAUUCGCAACGCGAAGAAGGGCAAGGGUAUUGAAGAGAAGUCGAGCGAGGCCUCGACAUCUGCUAAGGGCGCAAAGUCGUCCAAGCCGAAGCGGAAAAGUGUUUCUUUUGCUUAA